AGUAGUACCGUUGCACGGACCUUUGUCACAUUUUUUUCGGAACUCUUAUUUAAUAGACAAAUUAUAAAUUAAAAUCAAACAACCAAACUUGUCACACAAAUGAGCAGCGUUGGCGAGGAUUGCAACGAGCUGAAGCAGCAGUACGACGCCUGUUUCAACAGCUGGUUUUCGGAGCGGUUCCUGAAAGGUCAAACGGAUGACUCAGCUUGCGCGCCGAUUUUCCGGGUGUACCAGGAGUGCGUUAAGCGCGCUAUUAAGGACAAGAAGAUCAAUUUGCGGGAGGAAGACCCGAUCUUUGAGACGAGUUCCGACGAGGACAAUGCCAACAGUUCCGAUGGACAGCAGGAGCAGAAGGGCAAGAGUUGACCUCACGACCCUCUUCACAAGAACCAAAGAAA